GGCCCCGGCUCCACACCGGGACCGGGUGCGGUUCGGCUGGGCCCCGCCACCACCCGAUUUCGGGGGAGGGAGGGGAGGGCCGGUCCUCAUCCAGAGCCGUGGGGGAAGAAAUGGAAAGGCGAGGACCCCAGCCGGCGAGGCCAGGGACUCAGCUCACUGCCACGAAACCGUGAGCGUCUCCUCUUCCAUUUCUAUUGCCAGAGUAAAGAGCGAGCCACGCUGCUCCCUGGGGUGUGAAGAAAGACUUGUUUGCUUUGCAAACAUUUUGCUCUGCGUGAAGGACACUUUCGACAAGGAAGAAAAAGUCCCUCGCAAAUACAUCCACACCAAAUUAUGCGUGUUUUCCUGAAGACUUCUGCCAGCACCGAGGUUCAGGCGCAGAACACCUUCUCCGGAGGAGGCGGAAGGAGGCCACCAGGACUUGAAGCCCAGCUCUGCCACUUGUUAGCUCUGAUCCCUCCGGUCUCCGAGACUCACUCUGAGGGGUCCCAAAACCUCAGAGAAUCAACAUGUGCAGUGUUUAGGUUACUCCCCAAAGUGAGGAUGCUGUGUACGUCGUUUCAUUUAAAAAUUAGAUUGUUGUAUGCAUUGCGAAAAGGAGCACAGUGCCUUCAAACCGGAAACCACCAGACAUUGGCUGGAGAAGCGCUCCCAGGAAAUCCAGCUCUCACCCCAAGGUUUCCAGUAUGAGCCUCGGCUUUCAUGGGGUGGCUCCCGUGAAACCUUUAACACUGCGCUCUGCGGGGCCUGCCCGACUCACUCAGUCGCAGGAGAAUCUCAGAGCACUGCUGUGUUGCAUGCUCUCGAGGCGAGAAGCCAAAGUCCUAGGGCCUCCGGAAAGGGUACGCGGAGAGCGGACUUCGAGGGAAAUCAGUGGUGCCAGCAUCUGGAGGAGAACCAUAUGCCUCCGUGUGGGCUGGGGCUGCUCUCCGCGAGGGCCAAGCUUGGACGUGAGCCUAAGAAAAGCACUUCGGACACUGCUUGACUCCAGUAGGAGAGGGCACGGAUGUGAGAUGAGACCAGGGCCAGCCACAUUUGUCCCGGUUAGAUGACAACUGCUGCCCUCACUGAUACCCACUCCUGCGACUCUGAACUCCCCGUGACUCCUCCGAGGAUCCACCCUCCCCAUGCCUCCGGGAGGGGCACAGUUCAACUGCUCUCUCCUCUCUUCACGUUUUUCUUCUGCCGUAAAAUACACAUACUACAAAUGUCAUAAUCUUAACCUUACCAAAAAGCAUGUGUGGUGGCAUGCAGCGCGUUCACUGUUGUGCCACUGUCGUAUUAUCUAGUUUCGCGCUAUUUCAUCACUCCUAAAGGAGACCCGUGCGGGUCCCUCUCCUCUCCCAGCCCCUGGUGACCUUUACGCGGUUACGCGGCUUUCCAUCUGACCUAUGGAUUUGUCUAUUUUUGGAAUUUCGUGGAAGUGGAAUCAUACAACAUGGGACUUUUUUACCUCAAGCGUCUUACACUUUUGCUAUCUCUUGAUCUACACAUUUUGAAGUACUGUAUUUCCAGUCGUUUGAUUUUAUAUCUUUUUUUUUUCAGUACAAUAAACAGCCUGCAAAUGUGGAUCUGUGGGAAAUGGGGUGUCAGAGAAGAGCGUUUCAUGUCACCUUUUCCAGUCCUCUCGAUGGACCAAUGUAAAAUGAGGUUCAACGUUUUGCCCAGAUUUUGGAGCUAGUACAGUAAGUACUGACUGCUUUGCAUGAAUAAUAUCCUGUAAGCCUUCCAGCUACAGUGAGAGCAAGUACUGUACUAUUACCUCCUCCUUUAUAUGGUGAUAAGGUGACUAAGUCAAAAAGAUGAAAUCCAGAUACAGACCUGGUAUUCCGUGCUGAAGCCACCCUCUAAACGUAGCAUUUCCAUGUUGAAGGGUGCACCCUGCAGAAAAAUUAUGUGACUAUAUAGAUACAGGCACAUUCAAGGAGGUACAUGUUCGCUGCGGCGUUGUUCACCGUGGUGAAAAGUGGGGAUAACUCUCUUGAGUGGCGUGGACAGGUGCAUUCAUGCUUUCCACGUGCUGUCUGCUCCCGUCGCAGUGCUGCUCCCGUCUCCUUACCCUAAGCAAAGGUGCAGACCAACGACAGAAAUGCCACCCACCCCGAAAGGAGGGAAGGCUCCGGGGCCAGCAGCUCCGUGUGACGGUGCCUCGUGACACAGCUGUUCGCUGUGGUUGAGCAACGGAGUCGGCCUAGGCCCCGGCGGCAGACAAACAGUUGAAGAAAAUGUGGUAUGCCCCACAGUGGAGUAUUACUCUGCCGUAAAGAAGAAAACCGUGUCAUUCGCAGCAAAGUGGAUGGAACUGGGAGGCACUGUGUGCAGCGAAGCAAGCCAGACGCAGAAACACCAGCAGCGCAGCUCUGAGAGUGGUGAUUUCUGGAGGUGGGGGAGGGUGCGGGGGCACAGACAAGGGCUGCAUGAGUCCAAGAGGACCAACCCGUGGGAGCGCCACCCUGGGGUCCACCGCUGAGCACAGCUGACGUGUCAGUAAAGGCGAUGAUUUCAAACGAGGGGGAAGUACCCGGAGGCCGUGGAGCUGGGUGUGUGCUCAGCAGAGGCACAUGCGCCCCACGGACAGAAGGCCCUGGGUUCUGCUCCCGGCGCCACGACAAAACAGAGGCUAAAAAAGGAGCACUUGACUCUCCUGAGCUGUUUCUGAGGAAAGACACCGACCCAGCCUUCCGGGCUUCCGCCUCCCGCUCGAUUCCUAUGACUCCUGCUGCUGCCUCUCACGCUCCUGUCUUCUCCCAGGAACCAAACAUAAUCUGCAUCUCAGGCCUUUUUCUGGCCUCCCUGUGGUGUGGGAGGACUCCUCCGGGGAUGGCUCUGGCUCUGAUCGGCUCCGGCUGUGAUGGCGAAGCCAGGUCUCAGGUCCACAUCCUGUCCCCACCUCCCUCUCCUUCUACAGGUCAGCAGGUCCCCCACCCCCUGGACCUCCUCUCCCCAGGCCUCAGCAAGACCCCCAGGAAGCCCUCUGGGUCUGCAGCCUCCACUUACCUGGCUCUGGCUUUGCAAGAAGGGGGCCUUUGCACAGAAGCGGACAGCUGGGCACCAGUCUGGGGGCCACCUCUGGUGGCCGCAUCACAGGACAAGGGGACCACAGGAAAGAGGCUGCAGAUGGGACUGAAAACCAACCCAAACGGACCUGAAGACUGUGCAAGGAGAGAGCUUCCAUCUCGCGUCCUACAGGGGAGCCGACCCUCGGCUUUGGGGUCCAUGGGGAGGAAGUGGGGCGUAGCGGGGCAGUGUUCAAGGACAAAUCCGGCUUCAGGCAGGGUCACCGGGGACAGACAGCAGAUAGUGGCACGGAGAGUCCAGAGGAGCGACCGGGUUCCAAGGGAUCACCAACGAGCGUUCUCUCCUCACGGGACUCAGUCUGCGUAGAGUGGUGUGCGACCGCCUCGUGCACAGUAACCCUGUAAAGAACCAGUCAGAGAGCCCAGAACAGUGCCUGCCACAGAGCAGACACAGGUUACAGGGCAGCAUGAGAUGCGCUUGUCAACUUGUGGUGCUUUCGUUUACCUGUUUGCCUUCCCCUCUGCAUCCUGGAUGUCCUUUGUCUUUUCUUGCUAAGUUGCCCAUUCUGGCCUCAAACCCGUCCAUGAUACAAAGCUGAUGGGGUCUCAGGCACACACCUCCCAGCUGGCAUUUUGUGUCCCUUCUACCCGGAAUAUAGCAGGCACUCAAUACUUGUCUGUUUGAUGAAUUCAUCCACUAAUUAAUAUUUGGUCCCACCUUUACCUUGGCCCCUUUCCCUGGUCAAGACUGUACUCUUUGCUCUCUCCUCUCUGCCUUCCGGAUAAAAUUCAAACUCUGAAUGAAAGUAACUGGACAUGAAUUAGAUAGAAAGCUGAAACUCCCCUUCUGGAAAAACCUGAGUUUUCUCAGCAAAUGCAGUGGGAAGAGGCUAGGGGGGCUCACGCUCUGGGUGGCUGAUGUUUCUGAGUCUCUUGCGGAGACGCGGUGUGUUUAAAUUAAUGCCAGAUUCCAAGGAGCUAUUUCUACUGAGAGAACUUUUAAAUGCCGAAAACAUCCCGUCUUCCUGAUGGUCUUUAAGUGGGGCAGAAUGAAAAGCGUUCUGAAGGACAGAAACACAGAGCGGAGAGAGGAAGAAAAAAAGGGAAAGAAAGGAGCGAGGAAAGACAGAAAUGCAAGGAGAGAAGAAGGAAAAACGGAACGCUGAAAGAAUGAACUUAAAAGCAGGCACAUGCCAAGCAUGGUGGCACACAUCUGUAAUCUCAGCGUUCAGGAAGCUGAGGCAGGAGUAUC